AUGGACGACGGCAACCGUCUUCCCGCAGGGCAGCCGCCUUCUUGGUACAAGGUCCAUUUGUUCCGCGGCAUGGUCAACGACGUGCGGAGGCGGGCGCCUUAUUAUGGGAGCGAUUGGCUGGACGCCUGGGACUAUCGAGUUGUUCCUGCGACGGUCUACAUGUACUUUGCAAAUAUCUUGCCGGCGCUGGCCUUCUCGCUCGACAUGUUUUCCAAGACGGGCUCUAAUUACGGCGUGAAUGAGGUGCUGCUGGCGUCCGUUUUGGGGUCGGUUGUGUUUGCAGUGUUUGCAGCGCAGCCGCUGGUCAUCGUUGGCGUCACUGGUCCUAUUACCGUAUUUAACUACACUGUAUACGACAUUAUGAAAGACACGGGCGUAGACUAUAUUGGCUUCAUGGCCUGGAUAGGCAUAUGGUCCCUCAUUCUGCAUGUCCUCCUGGCGGUUACAAACUCGUGCAACUGGCUGCGCUGGGUCACCCGGUUUCCCUGCGACAUCUUCGGCUUCUACGUCGCCUUCAUCUACCUCCAGAAGGGCAUCCAGGUGCUCGAUCGCCUCGGCGACGGGGCCCCCUUCUACCUGUCCAUCAUGGCGGCCCUGCUGGUCUUCAUGGUGGCGUACGUGUGCGGCGAGCUGGGCACGAGCAGCCUGUUCAAGCAGCCUGUGCGCGUGUUUCUCAAGGAUUACGGCACGCCGCUGACCCUCAUCUUCUUCACGGGCUUCGUAUACAUCGGGCGCAUGGCCCGCGUCGAGUUGGAGAGGUUGCCGACGGGACUUGCCUUUGAGCCGACCAGCGGGAGGCCCUGGCUGGUUCGUUUCUGGCACCUGAGCGUCGGUGAAGUCUUUACCGCGCUGCCCUUUGCCAUCUUGCUGACCGUCUUGUUCUGGUUCGACCACAAUGUGUCGUCUCUCAUCGCCCAGGGCAGCGAGUUCCCGCUCCGCAAACCCGCCGGCUUCCACUGGGACAUCUUCCUGCUCGGCAUCACCACCGGCGUCGCGGGCAUCCUCGGCCUCCCGUUCCCCAACGGCCUCAUCCCCCAGGCCCCCUUCCACACGGAGUCGCUCUGCGUCAGCAAGCCGGUGAAGCGGCUCGAUGAAAAGGGCCAGGAUAAGGGCGACUUCACCCUGGAGACUACGCAUGUCGUGGAGCAGCGCCUUUCCAACCUCGCCCAGGGUCUCCUGACGCUCGGCACCAUGACGGGGCCCUUGCUCGUCGUCCUGCACCUCAUCCCCCAUGGCGUCCUGGCAGGCCUCUUCUUCGUCAUGGGCGUCCAGGCCCUCGAGGCGAAUGGCAUCACCGCCAAGCUCGUCUUCCUGGCGCGCGACACCAACCUCACCCCUCCCGACGCGCCGCUGCGGAGCAUUAAGCGCCGUUCGGCCGUGUGGCUCUUUGUCGCCAUCGAGCUGCUCGGGUUCGGGGCCACCUUUGCCAUUACCCAGACCAUCGCGGCGGUUGGGUUCCCCGUCUUCAUCUUCCUGCUGAUUCCGCUACGCGCGCUCGUCUUGCCGAGGCUGUUUCGCCCCGACGAACUGGACGUGUUGGAUGCGCCCACGGCGUCGGAUUUCACGAUGGAAGGAAUCGGCGGCUCGUGGGGUGGCGCCGCCGGGCCUCCGCCGCCGCCGGCGGAUCGAAGCGGUGACGGGACGGCUGUCUCUAGUCGUUCCUCUGGCUCGAGAGGGCCCGGGGACCGUGUCUUUGCGAGCCCCGGGGCUGCGAGGAGGAGUCGCGAGGAUUUGGCCGAGCUGGGGAGGUUGCCGAGUGCGCGGAGCACGGCAACGACGAGCAUGAGCGUGCAGCGGUAA